UAUUUUGUGACAGCAAAAUGAGCUAUGCACAUUAUCAUAUGGCCUCUGGUAGUAGAACUGCUAGAAGAACUUUGGAGUUUGGGAAGACACAUGUAGUGAGGCCAAAAGGAAAACACCAAGCCACUAUUGUUUGGCUGCAUGGUCUUGGUGAUAAUGGUUUGAGCUCAUCUCAGCUCCUGGAAUCCCUUCCACUUCCAAAUAUAAAAUGGAUUUGCCCAACUGCUCCUACCCGCCCUGUAGCAAUACUUGGUGGUUUUUCUUGCACUGCAUGGUUUGAUAUGGGAGAACUUUCAGAAGAGGGUCCAGAUGAUUGGGAGGGUUUAGAUGCCUCAGCUGCACAUAUUGCCAACUUGUUGUCAACAGAGCCACCUGAUGUGAAAGUUGGAAUUGGAGGCUUCAGUAUGGGUGCAGCAAUAGCUCUAUAUUCUGCAACAUGUUUUGCCAUGGGAAGGUAUGGAAAUGGCAUCCCUUACCCUGUCAACUUAAGAGCAGUUGUUGGACUAAGUGGCUGGCUUCCAGGAUCAAGGAGCUUGAGGAACAAGAUAGAAGUGUCACACGAAGCAAGAAGGCGAGCUGCUUCAUUACCCAUUUUGCUGAGCCAUGGAAUCAGUGAUGAUGUAGUCCUCUACAAAUACGGAGAGAAAUCAGCCCAAUCCUUAAGUUCAGCAGGGUUUCGAUAUAUUACAUUCAAAUCCUAUGAAGGGCUUGGUCAUUAUACAGUUCCAAGGGAAAUGGAUGAGGUCUCCAAUUGGCUUAGCUCAAGGCUGGGGCUUGGGGGACCCUCAUAAAUUAACAUAGUAUCAGUCAGGGCAUACCUGUAGAAGUUAUGUGGAACAAUAACAAGGAAGAUGGAGAUGGAGAUGGAGAUGAACAAGGUGGCUUGAUCAUGGAACGGUUCACGGGUAUAAAUACUAUGGUAUAGGAGAAUUAGUUUUCUGGGUCCUUUUUGUCAUGUUGCUGAGAAAUAAAGAUCUGAAUGUGUUUUUUUUUCAUGUAUUUCACUCUAUAUUAUUAUAGAACCUAGAGACAGGGUCAGGUGUACUAUUGGAAGAUUUUGUUUUAAUUAUUGUGAUAUU